AUGCGUGGAGAACGACCAGAUGCCCGAAACGUGGCUAUCGUGAUGACCGACGGACUGGCCAGCAAUACGGCCGCAGAAAUGCAAGCAGCAAUUGCCAAAAUUCAGAACGUAGCAGAAGUGUUUGCAGUUGGUAUUGGGUCGGGGAUAUCCUUCGUCCAACUUCAAGAUAUUGCUACAGAUCCGCCAGCGGAACGUGUGUAUGAGAUAGAAACAACUGGUUCUCUAAUGAGCGUGCGGGAUGCGCUCUUCACUGCACUCUUUGUCGACGAGUGUGCAGAAAACAUGGACAACUGUGACACAGCUGCGACGUGUAGAGACACGCCCACUUCUUUCGAAUGCACGUGCAUGUCUCCCCUGGUCGGAAAUGGCACCGUGGGGAAUUGUAAUCCUCCAAAUGCGUGCAACACCAAUAUGGACAACUGUGACACUGAGGCAACGUGCACACCUGUCGGAACUGUUGGAUUUACCUGUGCUUGCAACGAGGGAUUUGUUGGCAAUGGCACCAGCUGUUUUGUUAACCGGUGCCUCUCAGACUCAAACAACGAUUGUGACAGUAACGCUAUGUGUACUCCAACACCGGAGGGAAAUUUCAACUGUGCCUGCAAUACUGGAUUUGUGGGUGAUGGCACCAGCUGUUUUGUUAACCCGUGCCUCUCAGACUCAAACAACGAUUGUGACAGUAACGCUAUGUGUACUCCAACACCGGAGGGAAAUUUCAACUGUGCCUGCAAUACUGGAUUUGUGGGUGGUGGCACCAGCUGUUUUGUUAACCCGUGCCUCUCAGACUCAAACAACGAUUGUGACAGUAACGCUAUGUGUACUCCAACACCGGAGGGAAAUUUCAACUGUGCCUGCAAUACUGGAUUUGUGGGUGAUGGCACCAGCUGUUUUGUUAACCCGUGCCUCUCAGACUCAAACAACAAUUGUGACAGUAACGCUAUGUGUACUCCAACACCGGAGGGAAAUUUCAACUGUGCCUGCAAUACUGGAUUUGUGGGUGAUGGCACCAGCUGUUUUGUUAACCCGUGCCUCUCAGACUCAAACAAUAAUUGUGACAGUAACGCUAUGUGUACUCCAACACCGGAGGGAAAUUUCAACUGUGCCUGCAAUACUGGAUUUGUGGGUGGUGGCACCAGCUGUUUUGUUAACCCAUGCCUCUCAAACUCAAACAACGAUUGUGACAGUAACGCUAUGUGUACUCCAACACCGGAGGGAAAUUUCAACUGUGCCUGCAAUACUGGAUUUGUGGGUGAUGGCACCAGCUGUUUUGUUAACCCGUGCCUCUCAAACUCAAACAACAAUUGUGACGGUAAUGCUAUGUGUGCUCCAACACCGGAUGGAAAUUUCAACUGCGCCUGCAAUGCUGGAUUUGUUGGCAAUGGCACCAGCUGUUUUGUUAACCCGUGCCUCUCAGACUCAAACAAUAAUUGUGACAGUAACGCUAUGUGUACUCCAACACCGGAGGGAAAUUUCAACUGUGCCUGCAAUACUGGAUUUGUGGGUGGUGGCACCAGCUGUUUUGUUAACCCGUGCCUCUCAAACUCAAACAAUAAUUGUGACAGUAACGCUAUGUGUACUCCAACACCGGAGGAAAUUUCAACUGUGCCUGCAAUACUGGAUUUGUGGGUGAUGGCACCAGCUGUUUUGUUAACCCGUGCCUCUCAGACUCAAACAACAAUUGUGACAGUAACGCUAUGUACUCCAACACCGGAGGGAAAUUUCAACUGUGCCUGCAAUACUGGAUUUGUGGGUGGUGGCACCAGCUGUUUUGUUAACCCGUGCCUCUCAGACUCAAACAAUAAUUGUGACAGUAACGCUAUGUGUACUCCAACACCGGAGGGAAAUUUCAACUGUGCCUGCAAUACUGGAUUUGUGGGUGGUGGCACCAGCUGUUUUGUUAACCCGUGCCUCUCAGACUCAAACAAUAAUUGUGACAGUAACGCUAUGUGUACUCCAACACCGGAGGGAAAUUUCAACUGUGCCUGCAAUACUGGAUUUGUGGGUGGUGGCACCAGCUGUUUUGUUAACCCGUGCCUCUCAGACUCAAACAAUAAUUGUGACAGUAACGCUAUGUGUACUCCAACACCGGAGGGAAAUUUCAACUGUGCCUGCAAUACUGGAUUUGUGGGUGAUGGCACCAGCUGUUUUGUUAACCCGUGCCUCUCAGACUCAAACAAUAAUUGUGACAGUAACGCUAUGUGUACUCCAACACCGGAGGGAAAUUUCAACUGUGCCUGCAAUACUGGAUUUGUGGGUGGUGGCACCAGCUGUUUUGUUAACCCAUGCCUCUCAAACUCAAACAACGAUUGUGACAGUAACGCUAUGUGUACUCCAACACCGGAGGGAAAUUUCAACUGUGCCUGCAAUACUGGAUUUGUGGGUGAUGGCACCAGCUGUUUUGUUAACCCGUGCCUCUCAAACUCAAACAACAAUUGUGACGGUAAUGCUAUGUGUGCUCCAACACCGGAUGGAAAUUUCAACUGUGCCUGCAAUGCUGGAUUUGUGGGCAAUGGCACCAGCUGUUUUGUUAACCAGUGCCUCUCAGACUCAAACAAUAAUUGUGACAGUAACGCUAUGUGUACUCCAACACCGGAGGGAAAUUUCAACUGUGCCUGCAAUACUGGAUUUGUGGGUGAUGGCACCAGCUGUUUUGUUAACCCGUGCCUCUCAAACUCAAACAACGAUUGUGACAGUAACGCUAUGUGUACUCCAACACCGGAGGGAAAUUUCAACUGUGCCUGCAAUACUGGAUUUGUGGGUGAUGGCACCAGCUGUUUUGUGAAUCCAUGUCCAGAAACUUUAGAAAAUGAAAGACUUGGUUAG